GCUCUUCAUCAGACAGAUAAAAGAUCUGGUGGAAAACCCCUCCAACCCCAUGAGAGGUCCCUUCGCUUCUUGAAUCGACGACCUGAUUCCCGGGAGAUCUCAUGAUGCCCAACGCGUUCCAGCAGAAAAAAGCCCAGCAAAUGCUCCUCCUCUGCCAAGGAGUGAACGGGAUGAGAAAAGACGGCGAAUCCGUGGUUUGGAAUCACCACAAGCAAGGCUUCCAAGAACUUGACAAAAUGGCUUGUGCAGCAGACAGCUGCAUACAGUUCACGCGCCACGCCAGUGAUGUCCUUCUUAAUCUGAACCGGCUGCGCAGCAGGGACAUCCUCACAGAUGUUACCAUCCUGGUCAACAGACAGCAGUUUCGUGCACACAAGACUGUUCUCAUGGCUUGCAGUGGGCUGUUUUACACCAUCUUCACUGACUCCCACAAGUGCAACCUUAACGCCAUCAGUCUGGACCCAAAGGUGGACCCAGAGGGCUUUGCCAUCUUGCUGGAGUUCAUGUACACUUCCCGUCUCACACUAAAGGAAAGUCUCAUCAUGUCCAUCAUGAAUACGGCCAUCUAUCUGCAGAUGGACCACGUCGUGGACACUUGCCACAGAUUUAUCAAAUCCAGUGAUCCGACUGCCAAGCUGCCCAGAGAUGAGUUUCUGGUCAGUCCAUUGGUGUUGCCUCAGGACGUCCACGCGUAUCGACCCCAUGAUAUUGUUGACAGCCUGCACAGCCGCCUGGCUCCGUUCAGGGACGGAAGGCCCUAUGGCACAAACAUGUUCAGCAGCGUCAGCACCCCCAGUAACUACCACCUCUACGGGCAGUUUCCCAUGCCGGGAUUCCCUUUCUCGCUCUGUAAGCUGACUGAUGCCAAAAACGCUUUCGCUGACCUCUCAAAGAGUGGGAUCCACCACAAACACUGUCCUCCUCAUGACGGCGUCAAUGGCAUCAGGGCAGACUAUGCCAGAGCUCUUGGUACCGGCUCCUCUGGCAUUAUUCACUCAACCACCUUUGCUUCCAGAGAAAUAGGAAGAGACAAUGAGAUUAGGAAGGAGGGGCACGAGGGCCAGCUCAUUGGCCUCAGCUCAAGAAAGCGCACAUUCCCUGUGUUGACCCUUGAGCACCAGAAAGACUUGAGCAAAGAGCAUGGUUCACAGGCAGAGGACGACCUCAUCCAUCAGCACUAUCCUUUGGGAAUCUCUGCCGGGCGCAAGAGUCUCAUGAGCAGCCCUCAGAGUCCCCUCAAAUCAGACUGCCAGCCCAACUCCCCGACAGAGUCCAGCAGCAGCAAGAACGCCGGCCUCUCCCACAUUGGCGGAGGGCAAGUGACGCAAGGUACGCCAGACCCUAAGGCUCGCAACUGGAAGAAGUACAAGUUUAUCGUGCUGAACCAAAGCGCGAAAGAUGACGAGGCAGGGCUGAGGGAUCCCGGGCUCCGCUCCCCGCAGCGCCUCAGCCUGCAGCCCUACAUCCACCCUGGCGACUCCGAGAGCCUUGACGCUCAAGCCACGAGUAAGAGCAGCGACCACGGCGAGGACCUACCCGUGCCACAGGCCAGCCGUCUCAACAACAUCAUCAACAAUGCGCUCGAGGGGUCACUGAGGAACGGCGACAGCCACCCUCCCCACUACCUGAACCGCCUCGGCUGCUCCACCUGCGGCUCUCAGUCCCCCCAACACUCCAACGUCUGUCCCAACAACCCCAGGUCACGCCUCUCCGAAGACAUGACGGAGCUCCACUCAGAGUAUUCAGACUCCAGUUGUGAAAACGGUACGUUCUUCUGUAACGAAUGCGACUCCAAGUUUGCCGACGACGAAGCCCUGAAACAGCACAUGCUUCAAGUCCACAGCGACAAGCCAUACAAGUGUGACCGCUGUCAGGCCGCUUUCCGCUACAAGGGCAACCUCGCCAGCCACAAGACCGUCCACACAGGAGAGAAGCCGUAUCGCUGUAACAUCUGUGGUGCUCAGUUUAACAGACCAGCUAACCUCAAGACUCACACUCGCAUCCACUCAGGGGAGAAGCCAUACAAAUGUGAGACGUGUGGAGCUCGUUUUGUACAGGUCGCUCAUCUUCGUGCCCAUGUGUUGAUCCACACCGGUGAGAAGCCAUACCCAUGUGAGAUCUGCGGAACACGCUUCCGUCACCUGCAGACGCUGAAAAGCCACCUGCGCAUCCACACGGGAGAGAAACCCUACCAUUGUGAAAAAUGCAACUUGCACUUCCGCCACAAGAGCCAGCUGCGGCUGCAUCUCCGACAGAAGCACGGCGCCAUCACCAACACCAAGAUCCAGUACCGCAUGUCCACAGCAGAAAUACCUACCGACCUGACAAAGACAUGCUAGGCUAAGCUAAAAGAGGGGGACAAAAACAAACAAAAAAAAACCAAACGGUUACCUUGGAGGCAGUCUUGACCCUGGCAUUUAACGACCCCCACCCUCCUACAAACUUGUACAAUCAUCCAAAAUAGUAGUGCCACACUGUGUUUUUGAGACAAUUCAAUUGGCCGCGUCUGCCAUUCUAAACGGGUUUCCACUACAUGUGAUGCUAGAGCCACUUAUGGUAUCUUAGUCACUUUAUGAUUUCUUUAUAGAUCUAAUUAUAUAAAUAUAUAUAUGUAUGUUGGGAGUGUUUUUAAGAUUUGAAGGUACGUAUAUAAAGCUUUAUUUUCUUGAGAAGGAUGAAAUGUAAACAAUGUGUUGUUUUUUUGGGGGGGGAAAUACAGUAUUUUAUAUCAGAGAACUUACUUUUCUGAAAGUAUUGACAAUUUUGACAGGUGGUACAUAUAUUUUAAGACAAAAUAAACAAACAGGCUUUGUGGCUAUAUAAAUUUGUCUAGACAUUUUUAAGCGUAUGUACAGACACGUAGGCGUAACAGGCAGGAUGGGUGGGGCGCAUUGGGAUUGGAUGGAAAACGUAUCGGACGGCUGCUGCUGUCUGACAGUUUUGUGCAUGAGGUAUUUCUUACCGUUGUCGGGCAGACCACGUAAAUAUUGUGACAUAUUAUGUUCUAUCUGUGCGAUUGCUCUCUGCUGGCAGAGCCAAUCUAAGCGUUUUUUGAACUGCAUUUCUGGGUACUGCUUUGUAAUGACCAAGAAAAAAAAAAAGCAAAAAAAAAAAAGAAAGAUGUUCUCAUUUUGUUUUUCUGUUUGUUUUUUCCUCUCUUUUUUUGCUUCAGAUGUGUUUAUAUAUAGAUGUGACUUUAGGUUUUUGUUCAUUUUAGUUGUUUUUUUUUCAUAAGUGAAAGUUUACAGUUCUUGCUCUUUGUUCCAGAUCCUACCGUAAACUUGUGUCGAUGUUGAGCUUUUAUUUGACCUUUUUUUUGUUGUUGUUUGUAGAUACACUGUGUAUUCAAUGUGCCUUUCUCUAAGCUGGCUGACCUCUUCAGGGUUCAGACCAGCUCUAUUAAAGGUACAACUCAAGGACACCACUUGUCCUGAUUCCCAGUAUGUGUGUGUGUGUAUGUAUAUAUUUCUAAAUACUUGUCUGUAACCUUACAACAUGAAACUUUAUCAUUGUAAAAAAAUUCAAGACUUUUUUUUUUUUUGGAUUGGGUUUCUUUUUUUUUUUUAAACUGCAUUAAAAUUAUUGUACAAUGUUAUAAAUGUAUGAAUGUAAAAUAAAGGUACUGGAUUUCUAUGUA